AUGGCAACGACAACCCCCACCACCCCCAAAUUCUACGCCCUAGUCGACUACGAAGACCCCUACGUCGAACCUCUCCUCCUCUCGGCCCUCCAAACCCACCUUCCCCCCAAAUCCUUUCAACUCAUAAGCUCCCUCUCGGACCUCCCUUCUCCUUCAACCCCUUUCCUUCAAUUCCGCCAAUACGAAGCCAUAGAUUUCGACCACCAACUCUACCACCCCUCUACGUCCCUCGCAAACGCCUACGUCAUCCGCAAAGCGUUGAUCCGCAAACACUAUCUCAGUACCACCAUCGCGAACUGGAUUAUCAAGUACCCUGACAGCGUGCUAGCGCGGCACGUGAAACCUAGCGUUGAGUUUGAAGUUGACUAUGCGGAGUUUUUGGAUGAUGCGCUUGUUGAGGCUUGGGAGCUGAAGGAGAGCUGGAGCCGUGGCGAGCAGAGCGGGGAAGAGGGUAGGGAGUGGUGGAUUCUGAAACCGGGCAUGAGUGAGCGGGGGCAGGGGAUCCGGCUGUUCAGUAGUGAGGAGGAACUCCAAGCUAUUUUCGAGGAGUGGGAUCCCGAGUCGUCUGACGACGAAGAGGAAGAGGAAGAGGACGACGCGAGGAGCGAUCGCCAAAACGACAACUCUGAUGAUGCUGAUGCUGAAGACGGGAAAAUGGGAAACGGGAUUAUAACAUCCCAGCUCCGCCACUUCAUUGCGCAGCCGUACAUUCAUCCUCCCUUGCUCUUGUACCCCCCUUCCCCUUCUUCUUCUUCUUCUUCACCCUCGCAAUCAGAGCUCAGGAAGUUCCACAUCAGAACAUACGUCCUCGCAACCGGCGCGUUGAAAAUCCACGUCUACCGCCCCAUGCUCGCGCUCUUCGCAGCAGCGCCAUACACAUCCCCCUCCUCCUCAACCUUUUCUCCAUCCACUGCGUCGGAAGAAGAGAGGGAUAGAGCCAUGCAAGCGCACCUCACCAACACGUGUCUCCAGGACCCCGCGAAACGAGAUGGAAGCGUAGGUCUAUUCUGGGACCUCCCCGAUCAAAUCCCCCCACAACCAUCCUCUUCUUCCUCUUCCGGAGACCACGCAACAACCUCCACACCCGAACCCAAAGCAACAGAAGAAGAAGGAAAGCAAACUUGGAAACACAAAGUCUUCAAUCAAAUCCUCGCCACUACCUCUGCCACCUUCGAAGCCGCCGCCCGCGGAAUGAGCAUUCAUUUCCAACCUCUGCCCAACUCGUUUGAGGUGUUUGGAUUGGAUUUCAUGGUCUCGCUAGAUGGAGAUGGCGGGGUCAGGACGUGGCUGCUCGAGGUCAAUGCAUUUCCUGAUUUUCGCCAGACGGGGGAUGAAUUGAAGGGGUUGGUUGAGGGCUUGUUCGGGGGUGUGGUGAAUGUUGGGGUUAGGCCUUUUUUCUUUGGGGAGGAAGAAAGGGAGGGGAAGGAGGGAGAUAUGGUUAAAGUGUUGGAUAUUGAUCUUGGACGGCGGUGAGAUUUGGAUGUUAAGAAUUAAGAUGGGGGUGGGUAUAUUGUGGCACUUCUUCAUUACAGUCCCAUUGAUUCAAGAUGUGGAUGUGUAGACUGAUCCAGUAGCAUUGGAUACUUGGUGAAAAGCAACAUUUCGUCUU